AUGACGGAAGACGUGCGGCCGCCGCCCUCCCUGCACGAGAUUGAGCGGGGAGUGGGGGAGUGGGGGCGGGUGCCGCAGUGUGUGCGGGACACGCUGGUCGCCAUUCUGGGCUCCCCGCACCGCGACGCACCGCCCGCCGUCCUGGACGACGCCGAAAGGACGCUGCUGCCGCUUCGGCGAAAGGGGCCAAAGACAGACAUCACCGCCACUCUGGAGGCCCUGCUCGAGGCGCCCCGCCCAGCGGCGGCGUUUGUGCCGAAUCUGCAGCGCCCUGUCGCGGGGCCGAAGGAGGCGCCCGCCGUGGAGUCCGCCGCCUCCCCGCGGGGGUGCACCGGCCGCAGCCUCUGCAACGAUGCCGACAGAGACGAGGCGGAUGAGGAGGAAAAACUGGACGCGGCGGGCUCGCGGGGGCGCGCGGUGCGGGAGCCGCGGCUUCUUUCCGACAGACGGGUGUUCUACGGCACCCUGAUUGACCCCGCGCCGGAGUCGCCGCGCCGGGACCGGGCGUCGUCGUCCCGCGGCUGCGCAAUCGCCGCGCAGAAGAAGCGGUCGCGUGUGGUGCGCCCCAUCGCCGUGGACGCGCCCACCGUGAAAAAGCUCGAGUGCAUCCGGCACCGCCGUGAGGUGCGAGAUGUGCUGCUGCGCGUGCACUGCGAAAUUGAACGCCUGCAGGGGGAGGCGGAUGCUUGGCUUGUGAAGUCCGUCUAUGACGCGAUGCGGCUGGACCUGCGCCGCGCGAAGGACGUUUACGGUGAGGUGAAGCCGCUGCCGCACCCCACGGAAGAGCAGGAGCAGGCCCUCGCCGCCUUCGCCGAGGGUCUGGCGGUGCUGCAGGAUGCAACCGUGGAGCUGGUCGCGACGUUCCUGUCGCCGGAGGAGAAGCGGUUUCUCGGGGUCGACACGCACAAGUACCAAACCCGUGCGCAGCGCAGCACCACGUACCAGUACGCCCCGGCUGCGGAGACGAAGCGAAGGGGGCAGGCGACGGGGAAACGGGCGUCUGAGUGCGUUUCUGCAACCACCGAGGCGGAGGACGCGGCGAGGCACAAGAGCCCGCGGAACGGCUCCCGCGGCGUCGCCUCCGCGCCGGCGACGGCGACGGCUGCCGCCCCACGCCCCGUUAGCGCUGUGGCGACCGCCGUUGUUCCUCCCGCUGAUGCCGGCGAGCACCGCGCCGGGAGGGAGCAGAGUGGCGCCGCAGCCGCCAAUCCCCCGCGCAGGCCCCGCGUGAAGAGGAGGUCGCAGUCAAAGCCCAGCCAACGACCUCCCGCGGACUCGCCGCCCCUUGCAGCUACCGCCUCUGCGCCUCCCGUGACGGAAGGCAAAACGGCCCUUAGCGGUUUGCCGCAGCUAGACAAGUUCGGACUCCGGCCAACCCCGGCGGCUGCUGCUGCUGCGACAACAGCGCCGGCACCGGCGAAGGUGCAAGGGCGAAUGAAAAAGAGCGUCACUGUGGCUCCUGCGGCACCCGUGGAGCGGCAUUUGUCGUGCUCGACGCUGUCGACAAGAUCGACAAAAAGUCCAGACAACCGCGUGGGUGCAAAACAGGAUACGGUGGCACGAGAGGCAGCUGCGCCCGCCAGGCCGACCAUUGGACUUGGGAGACUUGACAUAAAGCGCUUCCUGAUAGACAGUGACAGCGACAGUAACACCGCUUAG